AUGUCUGAUCUUCCAGAUGAUUUGGCAGAAGAGAUAUUGUCUAGGGUUCCGUUGACAUCCCUAAGUGCAGUGCGUUCCACUUGCAGAAAGUGGAAUGAUUUAUCCAAAAACCAGGUUUUUGGUAAGUCAGCAUCAACAGGAAGGAAGCAGUUUCUUGGGUUCAUGCUGAAAGAUUAUAAGGUUUGUUCGAUGAAGUUUGAUCUCCAAGGAAUUGGAAACGAAGGAGACUUCGUUGAUCCAUCUAUAAAGGAAGUCAGUAUACUUGACCAAGUAGAAAUCACUCAGUUCUUUCACUGUGGAGGUUUAUUGCUAUGUGUCACCAAGGACAGGUCGAGACUUUUGGUGUGGAAUACUUAUUUGGGGCAAACAAGGUGGAUCCAACCAAGAAACACUUUCCGAAGUGAAGACAGAUAUGCUGUUGGAUAUGACAAGAACCGUAACUACAAAAUCUUGAGGGUUUUUGGCAAGUAUGACACCAAAGGUGAAUUUGGAAGCGUCGACAAAUACCUGAUUUUUGGGUACGAAAUAUACGAGUUGAGCUCUAGUUCGUGGAAGGUUUUUAACGUCAGUCCCGACUGGAAUAUAGAUAGUUAUCAACGCGGCGUGUCUUUGAAGGGUCAUACUUAUUUUUUGGCUGAAGAGAGGUGGACGAUAGGUAGAAGAAAUAAAACUGAGGAGAUAAUCUCUUUUGAUUUUACAACAGAAAAAUUUGGAAAGCGGUUGCCUCUUCCGUUUAAAACUCAUGAUGUAGGCAACUUUGUGUCUCUAUCUUGUGUCAGAGAAGAGCAGCUUGCGGUAUUACAUCAAAGCAGCGUGAUUGAUCACACAUUGGAGAUUUGGGUCUCAAGUAAUAUUGAUCUGGGUGCAGUUUCGUGGAGCAAGUUCUUGAGAACCACCUCUUUCUGUCGGGUUGAUUUUCAAGCUGGUAGUUUCUUCAUUGACGAGGAGAAGAAAGUUGCUGUGGUUGUCGAUCUGGACAAUGGUGGACAAGCACGGACUGAGACCCAUUACAACCAAAGAGCUAACAUAAUUGGAGAAGAUGAAUAUUACAAACCUGUGAAUGUUGGAGAGGCCCUGGAUCAUGGAAAACUUAACAAAUUUGGAUUUUUGAUCUCUGAUUUAUGUCGCCCACUUGUGUGCUCUUAUGUUCCAAGCACAGCACAACUGCAACUGCAACCGUGAACAUGGAAAGAAGGUGAUGAUUAAUCAGUUCCAAUUUCAACAAUUGUUAGGUUGUCGUUUAUUAUUUAUCACCUGACUAUGUUUUAGCCAAAAUUGUAUGUAUGUUGAGUGGUAUUUGAUUUCUAGGUUUUCUCAACUGUCAUAAUUUUAACCAGGCCUGGGCGCGUUCGGUUUUCCGGUUCGGUUCUUUCAGUUUUCGGUUAUAAAGAUAUAGGAACCCGUUCGUUUAUCUAUGAAAUUCGGUUCGAGUCCGGUUCGGUUCUUUUCGGUUUCGGAUCGGUUCAGAUAAUAAUUAUAAGGUACCGACUAAUAUCCGAUAAACUUGUGGUUCCAAUUCAGCUACGGUUCGGUUCCAGUUUUUUCGGUUAAUUUUGGAUAAUUCGGGUAAAAAACAACUUGUACUAGUCUGAUAUCGUACUUGUAUUAUGUAUUUCAUUUACAAAAAAAUAUAGUAGAAAUGAUAUGAUGUUAAUAAUAUAUAUUCUAAUAAUUGUUGAAUACUAAUUUUGCAUGUUCAACCAUAAUAAUUUCAUGUCAUAAGCCCUAUAUAUUA